CUUUAGUUGUGGAAUUGUUUUGGUGGGAUGAGGAAUUUGCCAAGACACACGAGACGGAGGAGGCAAUCCAUUUUGGACGCACCACCAAAUGACCCUGAACGAGCGCGAAGCUGGGCUGUUUCCGACGUCCCGACGAAUGCCACGAUGAGAAUGAUCUUGCAUGGAUGUAAGGCCGUCAUUGGAGCUGUUAAGUCUUGUACGCACUCAAUCUAUUCAACUGCCACCUCCGACGGGCGACUGGCAACCGACCUGUUCAGUCACGGCAACCUUCAGUGGGCUAUCUCGUUUCAAUCACUAAAUGCACGGAUCCAUUUGUUUCAACAAACCCUGUCAUUGUCGUAAGUCGAAACCAACGGCACUGUCGUCAUAGCUUUAGUUGGAUGGGCAGGUAGCGAGGGACAUCCGAGGCGUUGUGGUACGAGCGUUUGGCUCGUGUGCACGACGUUUGGCAGGGUGAGAAUACCCGGUGCCGUGGCCGCCAUGUUGGCGUCGACCUCCGCCACCUUGCUGAGGUAGUUGGGCUGGAGGGAUAGCGACCCAGUUGUGUGGAAAUUGGAAGCCGCGACGCACAGCGUUU